AUGAAAAGCAAAAGCUCAGAAUGGAUAUUUUUGCUCGUCUACUUUUUUGUCAUCGAGAUUGUUUUCGGAAAUAAUGCAGUUACUCUGAGCAGAACAAAGAGAAAAUCAGGAGUGAAGAGAAUUUGUGGAAGAAGUUAUAAGAAUGAAACUGUCUUUCAAGUCAUCAAUCUUCGCCCCAACGAUGCCUGUAUAUACCGUCUUCUCGGAAGCAGAUUCGACGAGGUUGAGUUUUUCACUGCCGAUUUCCCUAUUUCCUGCGAUAAAGGACAUCUUUGGAUUUAUUCGAAAACGCGUCAAGAAGGCCCCUUCUGCCGAAACUCCACUCAUUCUCGACUGAAACGCUCAGUCGAGGAGCAAAAUCAGCUGGUCGGUCAGCGAUAUGAAGGGGAUGAGAUCGAUGUUGUCAUUCAAAAUACUGGAAACGAGGCGAUUCCGAUCAGUUUUGGAUUUAAUUUAGGCUUCGGAAAAAGGCUAGGGACAUGUUCCUUCAAGACGAUACAAUCUUCGGAUAAUCAAUUUUACGGGCCGGAAGAGGCAGUCUCUCUUUGGAAACAAUUGACUCAGUCAAUGGCAACGGUUAAUGAGGAUUUUAGACAGUUUAGAAAUCAAUGCCACACUUUCAGUCCCCCACGUAUAUCAUGCAAGCUUCUCGAUUUCUAUGACCUGACAAACGAAGACUCCAUUAUCCGACUUGGCGAAAUCAUCGACGAAAUUUGCUGCAAAUGCAAAGACUCCGAUUUCUGUUCCUCUUGGUACAGCAUCCUAUUGGAAAUUGAAUCCAUCAUUCUUGGGCCAUCAAAGUAUCAAAACAAGGAUGACUUCUGGUUGGGAACUAAUGGAGAUUCUUUGGCGUCUGCUGAAUUUCAAUCCAGUCCAUAUUCAACUAGUCUUGAAGAGGCUUAUCCUUUGGCGCUAGGAACAUCCCCUGCAAAAACUCCGUAUGAGGUUAUUAUCGAUCCCUGUAGCUCAAUAACAUGCCCUGAGGGGCGAGUCUGUCAAAAAUCAGAAAAAGGCUUCUCUUGCAUUUGCCAAGACUUCUUCAAAAUGGUGGAAGAAGAGUGUGUACCGACUUGUGCAGCAAAAACCUUCAAAUGUGUUGGUGAAGAAAUCUGUUCAGACACACCCCUCGGGGCAAAAUGCAACUGCCCGAAAGGGCAAGAAAAGGAUAAGUACGGCUUUUGCGUUGAAAAAUGCGAUGAAGAUCAAUGCAAAUCUAGCAAUCCAUGUCCUGGAAAUUCAAAAUGCACAAACUUAUGCAACGAGUACAAAUGCGAAUGUUACCCGGGAUACUACUGGUUCAAUGGCCAGUGUGUUCCCGAAUGCGAUGGUGAUCAGUGCGAGGACGAAGACAUCUGUGGUGAUACCGGCAAAUGCUUCAACAAGUGUAAAGGAUACGUCUGCAAGUGUCCAAAAGGAUUUUUGCUUCAUCAAGGAAAAUGUGUUCCAGAAUGCGAUCUGAUGCACGACCCAUGCAAAAUGAGCCAAUCAGUUUGCGGAGAAUACAGUAUCUGUAAAAAGACUUGCCCUGGAUUCAAAUGCAUCUGCGAGGAAGGUUUCCGGAAGAAUUAUCUUAACCAAUGCGUGCCCGUCUGCAACGCAGUAUGCAAGAGCGAUAGCUGUCCGGAGAACUCGACUUGCAAAAAAGGAUGCACGAAGAUUUCUUGUGAAUGUAACGAAGGAUUUGAAAUGAAAGAUGGAAAAUGUGAAAGAAUAUGCGAUGCUGAAUGCAAUGAAUAUUCGUGUCCAGAAAACUCGACCUGCACGCAAAACUGCACAAAAGUCGAAUGCACUUGUGAUGAUGGAUUCGAAAUGAAAAAUGGCAAAUGCGUGCCAAUUUGCAGUGCAUCUUGUAGCGAAACGUCCUGCCCUUUGAACUCCGACUGCGAAGAAAAAUGCAACGAAAUAACCUGCAAAUGCAGACCCGGAUACAAAAUGGCAUACGGUGAGUGUGUCGAAAUUUGCACGGCAAGUUGCACUCCUCAAUCUUGUCCUGCGAACUCAACUUGCAAAGCUAAUUGCAAUGAUGUAUCAUGUGAGUGCGAAGAAGGAUAUAAGAUGAAGGACGGAAAAUGCGAAGAAAUCUGCACGGCUUCGUGCGACGCCUACUCUUGCCCUCCAAAUUCUUCUUGCAGCGCCGACUGCGCUGAAAUUUCUUGCUCCUGUAACGACGGGUUUAUCAAAGACCCUCUAACAAAGGAGUGCGUUCAAGAGUGUGACGAAAAGCAGUGUGCAAAAAAUCCAUGCAAAGGAGGACAAUGUCGCAAGAAAAAUGCCUGUCCAAAAAACUCCAUCUGCAUCAAUAAAUGCUCUGGCUUUGAGUGCAAAUGUAAAAAAGGCUUCAAAAAAGAAGCUGGAAAAUGCGUCCCAGAAUGCGAUGAAAAUCAGUGCGAUAAAAAUCCCUAUGCUUGCGGAAAGAAUACGGAGUGCGAAAACUUGUGCGAAGGAUAUCGAUGCAAAUGCUUGGACGGAUUCAUACCCGAUGAAAAUACAUUGAGGGGAUGUAAACAAAUAGAUCCUUGCGAUACAAUCAAAUGCACCGAGCCAAACACAUCAUGCGACUCGUCCCUUGCUCUUUGCACUUGCAAUUCAGGCUACUUUCCUAGCCAAAAUGGCACCUGCUUGGCAAAAGUCAACGAAUGUGCCCUCUCACAGCACAAUUGCUCCGGGAAUGCAAAUUGUAUCGAUCUUUUGGACGGGUUCAAGUGCGUCUGCAAGGAACAGUACAGAGAUGUUUAUGGGGACGGAACGAAAUGCCAACAUUCGUAUAGAUCUGAUAAAGGAACUUGCAACUUGGCUCACUAUGGCGAGUUCACAAACGAACCCAAGCCCUGUGAUGCAAACCCUUGCUCCGAAAAUGCUCUUUGCAAGGACAUCGGCGACAAUUUCGCAUGCACAUGCAAGAAAGGAUAUUUCGGCAAUGGCGUCAAAUGCGAGAAGGAAAUCGACGAGUGUAAGGACGGUUCUCAUCGAUGCCACGAGAACGCGACAUGCGAAGACCGCCAAGGAGGAUACGAUUGCUCUUGCAAAAGCGGAUUUUUCGGAAAUGGCUAUCACUGCGCGGCGCCGGUGAACGAAUGCAUUUUGGGCACUCAUGAAUGUGAUGCAAAUGCGAAAUGCAUUGAUUUGAUAAAUGGAUACAAAUGUGACUGCAAGACUGAAGAAGGGUUUCAUGGAAACGGGCGAGUUUGCAGACAGAGCAUUAAUGAAUGCGCUCAAGGAUUGCAUACUUGCUCCGAAAACGCAAAAUGCAUCGAUUUGGCUGACGGUUUUGACUGCGAAUGUGAAAGUGGUUUUGACGGAGAUGGUUUUUCUUGCCGCAUGAAAAAGAAUUGCGACUUGGGAAACGAUGGAGAAAAGUGCGCAAUCGAAGCAUUCGAGCUUUGCUCUCUUUCUGACGUGACAUCGAAGAUUCAAGAUCUUUGCUCCCCACAAGACGCAAGAGAACACCUCGAAAUCCUCUCCUCAGAACUUCAGCUAUUAUCGAAUAUUUCAACUGAGCGCUCCUGGGUCACAUGCAGCCCAAGCGCAGUCGAGAUUUCUUGCGAGUUUCUGAAUGUCUUCAGAGCCAAGAGAAUGACGCCAGAGGAUCUUUUCUCUCACGUGACAAAGCUGACGAGGCAGGUUUUUGAAACCUGCGAUAUGAAUUACAGAAUAAAAUGGGACGACUGGAUCACCCGUUUCCACGACUCAGUCAUCUGCCCAGUUAACGAGUGCCUCACCGGCGAACACAAGUGUGUUGACAACUCCAACUGCGUCGAUCUCAAGUAUGGCUACGAUUGCGAGUGCAUUCCAGGCUUCACUGGCAAUGGGCACAUAGAAUGUGUACAAAUUGAUUCAUGCGCGACUGUCGAAUGUCCUACUUUUUCUGAUUGCGUAACUGGAAACCAAAAUCGCGCAAAAUGCAUUUGCAGAGAUGGCUUCAUCGACGACCGAAAUUUAGUCGGAAAAUUAGAAAGAUGCGUUCCGAAAGACCCCUGUCUUGUUAGAAACGGAGGCUGCUCGAAAAACGCGAAAUGUACCUCUUCCAUCUUCGGCCACGAUGUCAACUACAGUUGCUCCUGUAACCUAGGCUUCUUUGGAGAUGGCUUUUCUUGCGAAAAACUGGAUCCUUGCAAAAAUCACAAUUGCGAUGAAGAAGCCAAAUGUGUCGAGAAAGAAAACGUUUUAGCGCAAGAUGAUUAUGAUUGCGUCUGCAAUGACGGAUUCGUUGGAAAUGGUUUUGUUUGUCAGAAGCCCAGAUCUUUGGAUCCCUGUGCAGGGUUAAAAUGUGCGGAGAAUGCUCACCAGGAAAUGUUUGGAUAA